GCUUGUCCACGCUGAUGUCCACGCUGCGCUUCCAGCUCCAUGCAGGGUGCGCGUGAGGCGCGCAGGCGGAGGGAUGGAGAACGUCAGUCAGCUCAAACCGACGCCGGUCACCUACGGAGAGCUGAUGAACGUCUCCGCCAACGACACGUCCGGAGCGGAGCCCAAAGACGCACACAUGGCGUUCCAGGCCGGUCUGGCGGUGACAUUAGCGCUGAUAACUUUUGCCACCACGCUUUCUAACGCGUUCGUUAUCGCCACCAUUUACCAGUCCAGAAAACUGCACACGCCGGCAAACUUUCUAAUCGCGUCCCUGGCCGUCACGGACCUGCUGGUGUCCAUCCUGGUGAUGCCCAUCAGCGCGCUGUACACGGUGAGUCAGACGUGGACGCUCGGCCAGGUCAUUUGCGACAUCUGGCUCUCGUCGGACAUAACGUGCUGCACCGCGUCCAUCCUGCACCUGUGCGUAAUUGCGCUGGAUCGCUACUGGGCCAUCACGGACGCGGUGGAGUACUCCAAAAAGCGCACGCCGAGGCGCGCGGCCGGGAUGAUCGCCACCGCCUGGGUGAUCGCCAUCUCCAUCUCCCUGCCGCCGUUCUUCUGGCGGCAGGUGAAAGCCGAGGAGGUGACGACCUGCAACGUCAACACUGACCACAUUUUCUACACCAUCUACUCCACGUUCGGCGCGUUCUACAUCCCCACGCUGCUGCUGAUCGCGCUCUACGGGAGGAUUUACGUGGAGGCGCGCAAACGCAUCCUGAAACAGUCACGCAACAAGCCGGGAAAGAGGCUCACCUCCGCGCACCUCAUCACCAACUCGCCCGGCUCGGUGGCGUCCACCACCUCCCUGAACUACGGGACGAACGGCACCUCCUCCUGUGACACUACCUCGAACGUGAGCCAAAUCAAAGUCACUGUGUCCGACUCGCUGCUGGAAAAGAAGCGCAUUUCCGCCGCCAGGGAGAGGAAAGCCACCAAAACUUUGGGAAUAAUCCUCGGAGCCUACAUCAUAUGCUGGCUUCCAUUUUUCAUUUACACCCUGCUAGUGCCUCUCUGUGAGACCUGCUUCCACCCGGAGCUAUUUGACAUUUUCACCUGGUUAGGUUACCUCAACUCCUUAAUCAACCCAAUCAUCUACACCAUGUCCAACGAGGACUUCAAACAAGCUUUCCACAAACUCAUCCGCUUCAGAUGCUGCAGGGUGUGAGCUGUAGCCCCCCGACGCUCACAAAUCACAUCAUCCAGCCACAAACCAAACCCACCACCUGAAAAGAUCUCAGAGGGUUUUCUUGGGGGGUGGGGGGUGAUCUAACAUUAAGUUCAAGGAGGUUGAGUGUUUGCAUUUGUGGAGGCGUUUGGUAGCAAAGAACUAUUGCGUGAAUAAAAUCCCAGAAAAUCCUUUGAAAUUCUACUCUUACCUUCUCCCAAAAAUACCACCAUGCCCACCCCCACCCCAAGGGGCAGCAUGACCCAGAUUGUUUAUAGUAAAGGGGCUAGUACCAGGGGCGUAGCCAGGAUCUUCUGACAGGGGAUGCUGCACUCACCCACGAGAGCUUUAAUCACUUGUACAGUGCAAAAUACCGGCUCCUUAAUUCUAUCAACAUGAAUAUAAAGGGGGGCAGCAUGCUCCACCAACAGUCAUUCCAGAUCGUCGAAAAGGGCGGAAAGCCCCCAUUUCUAAGUCCAAAAGGUAGGGUUGGAGGACCUGACAAAAUCUGUAACUUUCAGAAUUUGACCAUUCAAACUGUGUCAAUUUAUCAGAGUCUUAUCACAAACUGGAUUCCCAUGAGGGAUCGGCAUCAAAGCUAAGUGAUAUUUUCAGAAUGUCAACAAAACACUAUUGCAAAAUGACAGCAUUUUCAUUAACUCACAGAAUGUAACUGCUGGGUUUUUGUCUUCUUGCA